CUCGAAAAUGGAAAACAAGCUACUACGGAUACAGAAGUGUUAUACGGAUACCGAGCGCCGUACUCUCGUGCCAUGCGCUUUCGCGAUAUGUAUUUGUAUCAUUAUGUUGGCUGCGUAAAUGACUGCGGUAGCGAGAAGCGUGUUAAAAAUGUAGACAGGUAUUUAACGCUAAUUGCCAGAUACUGGUUUUGAUGUUUUCUUCAGUACGCACAGUUCAUCUCCAUGUUCAUCCUGAUUGUAUGGUCCAUCCUGUCCAGCAUCGUCCGCUCCCAGUGCCCGACGUCUGACUCGGGGCGGUGCGCGGUGGAUUGCACGCGCGCGGCGAUUUACAACAUCGCCUGUGAGAACAUUAAUGGCGCAGACCUGUACAAGGAUCUCAAGGUGUACAACGGGGUUGACCAGCAGAUUUCGCUGUUUGUAUGGAAUUCCCCGCUCAGCCGGAUCGGCUAUACGAUCCUGCGGACGGUGCAGCUGGAUAGUCUGGAGUUGGAUAAUCUGCAGGAGUUGCGCUGGUUUCCGGAGUUGCGCGGGCAGAAAGAACUGCGCUUCCUGACGAUUAUGAACAGUCCCAAUGUCAAGGUGAUGCCGCUGGAACUACUGCCCGACAAGAUUGAACGUCUGACCCUGUUCCGCGUGGGCAUCAUCGCCUUCACCAACGACCUCGAAGAAGUCCCGCAACUGCCAGCCCUCACCUUCCUAGCCAUCCAGGAAUGCCGCAUCGAAUACAUCCAACCCGGCUUCUUUGACGUCUUCCCCAAUCUGUCCGAACUCGAGAUCAUCGGCUCGACGUUUGCCGCGGCGGAAUACUUCCCCAACAUGUUCCGUACCGUUAAACCAUUGCGGAAACUACGUUUUAGUCAGAGCCAGUACGCGGACAGCGCGGUUGGUGUGUUCCGCGAGCGGAUGCUGGAAGACAUUAUCCAGAAUACCGGCAUGGCGGAAGACGCGCAAGUGGAUGUGGCGGAUAAUAGUCUGAUGAUUACACUACGCGCUGCCAGUGCGCUGGAGAAUCUGCGCUCUGUAAAGAUAUUGUUCCUGCGGGGGAAUUCCUUCGGGAGCUUUGUCCUGUUAAUGGGGCGGUUUUUGGGUUUCAGUCGGCUGGAAGUUUUGGAUAUGAGUAACACACAUCUCUUCACAAGCACGGGAGCUUUUGCCGGAUUGAAAAACCUAAAAACCCUCAAGAUAGCCAGCAACAAUCUGCGCGAUCUAACGGUAAUCAACAUAUUCAAAGACUGCCAAGCGAAUCUCCGCCAUCUUGACCUUUCCGACAACGCGCUGAUGUAUCUACCGAUCGGCAUGGAAGCCGUCUCCCGCGAGCUAACAGAACUCGUACUAAACAAAAACAUACUGCGACUCCGUGACAUCGUUGAAGGCCGCGCUGUCCACAACAUGACAACAUUCAGCGCGCUCCCGAAACUGGAAUUCCUCGACAUCUCUGAGAACAAUCUGGGCAUUUUCCAAGGUACUUGGUUAUCCCGUUUGAAAACGCUACUUCACCUGAACAUCGCCUGCAACAGUUUCCAAAAAAUCACCAAAGAUUUCUUUAAGGAUUUGCCAGCAACACUGCAGGUACUGAACAUGACGUUUUGCGUGCAGCAGCCAAUCAACGCGCCGCGUUUUGACGACGAUGCGUUUAUCACGCUUCCCGCGAUUAAAACGUUGAUUCUCCGUGAAGGGUUUUUACGAGAAGGGAUUUUCAACAUACUACGUUCACUCCGCAUCGAAACACUGGAGACUCUGGAUCUGGAUUACAAUUCCAUUUCCAACAUCCCGGGUGAUCUUAACCAACUAUCAUCACUGGCAUCGUUACAGACAUUAAAACUAAAAGCCAAUAAAUUACAGUCUAUUGGGCCAAAAGCCUUGGCGUUCUUCACGGCGCUGCGGGAAUUGAAUUUAGCACGGAAUCAUAUCAUUUCCAUCGGGAAGGACGAUUUCGCCGGGCUCGAUAAUUUAAGGACCCUGAGUAUCGCCGGUAACAACAUUAUCGAAUUUGAAGCCGGUGCAUUGGCGCCGCUGAUCAGUUUGCAGGAACUGUACAUGGGCGAGAACAACGAUACGGAUUUGUUGCGAAUGUUUCCACUCGAUUCGGAGAUCGGGAAGAAUCUCAUCCAUCUAAGCCUGCAUGAUAUCCCGUUGAAGUGUGUUCCGGGUGGGUUGAUUAAGCAGUUGAAGCGGUUGAAAUGGCUGUAUUUGGAUGCGUCGCGGGCGGUGAAUUUUCAGUUUACGUCGUUCCGCGGGAUUUCCGAGACGUUCAAUGUCCGGUAUCCGUUCAAGUUGUUUGGGUUCGAUGUGCCGACGGUGGAGGAUAUCGGGUGUCAGACGUACCAGAGCUGGGAUACGGUUUAUAAUGAAUCAGUGAGGUUUGUGGUGCAAGACCGAUCCAACCUCGUCCCACAGCACAUGAUCGUUAACAUACCCACCUGUCAUGUGGAGAAACCCAGAAAUCUCAAAGCCGUUACAGACAACCUAGUCUGCUGAAUCCCUGACCAGUCGCGGCAUUCAAACUUAUGCCUACACUACAGAGUACUCUGUAUUAGCUCAGCACAAAAUCAUCCAAACAUGACCGCAUUAGUCAGAAAAUAAUAAUAAUAAUAAUACAAUGGCGAGAAUAAUAAUGUGCUUUACUACUUAAUUCCGGACUGAUAGGCUGGUUGUACGAACAUCUGCCGAGUAGAAUUAAGUAAGCAGUGGGUUUCCGUUGCAGUAAACAAUUGGAUUGACGUAAAAUUAAUACUCUUACUGAUGCAUA